AUGAGAUCCAACAUCAAGUAAACACACUAUGUGCUCGACUUUUCUGAUAUCGAAGAUAUUUCAGAUAAUUAAUCCGAAUCUUCCUCACCUCAACACAAUCAACCUCAUGAUUCACCUCCUAGGAAUGAUAUUAAGUAAUUAUAAUAAGGCUCAUCACUUCAACCUGUCAAAAAAGAAGCAGUAGAAAUACCUUCUCUUAUAAUUUAACAAGAAGAAGACCAAAUUCAAAGACGAAAGCCUGAUAAUCUUAUUUAAAGAUGGGAAGUGAACUUUGAUGAACUGUCAGAAUAUGAAGAGGUAGAUGAUACUCCAGUAUCUAUUCAAAUACAAAAAGAACCCAGUCCACCACCUCAACUUGAAGAACCUCAAUACAUAGAGUAAUUUUUUGAAGACUAACAUAUCUUGGAGGAGGUUGAAAUAGAUUAAGAAUAAUUGAUAUUGGAAAGAGUCAAGGAAGUUUAGAAGCCAACUCUAGUAAAUAAAUAAGAAUGCUAAUUAAAACCUUAAAAAAGUGCUUUUGGGAAAGUAAAUAUUCGUAUUAUAACCAAUUCAAUCAAUAAAUAACAAAAGGAACCCAUAAAUGAUAUUAUUACCACUCCAAAAAGGGAUAUAAAUUAACUUAUUUAAUAGUCCAAACCAAAAUAGAAUGUAAAGUAGAAAUUUUACAAUCCAAAGAACUCUUUAAUAUAUUUAAGGUUGAAGGGUCGAGAAGACCUGUAUAAGAGAAAUGAUAUUGUAGUAGAUGAACCACCGAAACCAUAAGAAGUUGACUAAUUGCUUGAAGGAUUGGAUUGCAUAAAUAAUUUACUAAUAGACUUAUCGAAUCUUAAAGAAAAAAAACAGAAUAUUGUUGAAAAAAGCAACAAACAAAUUACAAUAAAAAUCCAUAAACGUAGGGUAGAUGAAAAUAAUUUAAAUAACAUAGAAAAGCAAAUUAAUAAAGAAGAUAAGAGUAAAGAACAAAAAUAAGAGAAAGUAAAAUAGUCAGAAAAAUAGUUAGAAAUAUAGUCAGAUAAAUAAUUAGAAAUAGUAAAAUAAUAAGUUUAGAAAUAGAGAGAAUCUGCUUAAAAAUAAUAACUGUAAUAAGAGGCAGCAUUGGCUAGACAAAUUAGACAAGAAAAACAGUAAUAAGAGAAGGAAAUGAAAAAAUAACAAGAGUAAAAGUUGGUUUACAAGAUUCUAACCAAAAAAUUGAUUAAUUAAGGAAUGCCAUUGUAUAGAUGUUUAUUAAGAUAAAAACAGAGGGAUUUUAUUAAAUGGUUAAGAUUCUCAGAAAUUGCAUUAAUAAAUGAAGGAGAAAAAGAGAUCUAUAGAUUUGAGAAAAGAAUGUCGGAUCAACUGUUUUUAUAGUUCCAUAAAUAGAAUAUGAAAUCAGUAACAAUAACUAAAUAAUGUAUGUUUAAUCCCAUAACUUUACAUUAUGUGUAAACAUAGGAGGUUCCCUAAGAGAACAAAUCUCUUGAAAAAGAAAAAUAAAUUAAGCAAGAAUUUGAUAAAGGUGAGAAUAAUAACAAAAUUAAUAGUGAGUGCAAGAAGCAAAAAGAAAAGAAAUAACCAAAGUAAAAAAAACUCAAAAAGAAAGAUUCAUCAGAUUGUAUUGAAAUAUCGAAGGAAGACAAGGAGAAAGACAAUGAAAAAGAGAAAGAGAAAGACAAAUCAUAGAAAAUUUAAAAGAAUAGGGGAAUAUAAUCUAAUAGUGAUGAUGAAGAUUUUGAUUUGUUGGAUGCAGAUAAAAUCUAGAUCUUAAAAGUAGUUGUUGAUAAACGAAAAUAUAAUAAUAGAUAGUAUUAAUAAUAACAGACCAUUUAACAUCCAGAUGAAUUUAAAUAACAUGAUGAGGGUGUGAUGAUUAUAUAAGGAAUAGAUCAAUAAAAUGAGUAGAAGUUUCAGCAGGAUUAAAUGCAUACUUAAUUUUAAUUAGAAUAAUAAAAAUAUUUAAAUCUUCCAGUUAAUAAAUUGGGAUAGGUGAUUGAGAAUUAAAAUGAAGUUAAGUAGAAAAAGCAUAGAACUUAUAAAUAUAGAGAAUUACCAUUGAGCAGAUUAGAAACAAAUGAUGAAAUAAAGAAGAAGGAAAAAGUUAAUGAUAAAAGAAAAGAGAAAAAGAAGUAGGAUUUUUUAUAGUUGUUGAAUGAGAUUGAAAUUGAACAAAAACAAAAACAGUUAAAGCAAGAACAAUAAAAGAGAAAGUAUAAAUCUAUAUAGUAGAAUAACAAUAAAUAAUUACAAAAGAGCUAUGAAAAAAUGGUCGGAUCUAAUAAUUUAGAAUGGUUUUAAUCAGUAGAUGUAAACUCUAAGAUUGAAAAAGAACAGAAAAUGAAAAAGUCUAAAAAUGGCAGUAGGAUAACUAGAUCAGAAGUGAAAUAAGAUGUUUAUAGUGGGAAUUCCUCAGUAGCCAGAUAGUCUUCCAUUGAGUAAGGAGUCAAUUCCCCUAAUAGAGAGUAAGUAGAAAAGAAGCCAAGAAGGCUAAGGAGGAAUGAAACUGAAAGCGAGGAUUCAGAGGAGAUUCAAUAACUUGAAAGGAAUAGAGAUAAUCACAAAAGAUCAAAAAGGUGA